AUGGACAAGAACCUGGACUCCAGUCCUUCAGUCAGCAGACCUCCCGUGAGAAAUUGCAGUGGACAUAUAAGCAGCUGCAACAUGGAGACCAACAUUUCCUAUGUGGGUUUCUACCUCCAUCAGCCGCUCGUGGCUGCAGUCUUCAUCAUCUCCUACCUUCUCAUCUUCCUCCUGUGCAUGAUUGGCAAUGGAGUGGUGUGUUUUAUCGUGCUGAGGAGCAAACAUAUGCGCACUGUCACCAACCUCUUCAUCCUGAACCUUGCUGUCAGUGACCUGCUGGUGGGGAUAUUUUGCAUGCCCACUACCUUAGUGGAUAACAUCAUAUCAGGUAAAUCUUGUCUCUAGCUUGUAUCCAAUGAAGUCAUGGAAGAGGAACCACCACUGAUCAUUGGCCAUGCUGGCUAGGGCUGAUGGGGGUUGGGAGUCCAGCAAUAUCUGUAGGGCCAUAGAUUCCCAUCCAUGGACAACAUCAUACUCAGAUCCAUCCCUGACCAUUGGCCAUUCUGGCCGGGGAUGAUGGGAGUUGGAGUCCAGCAACAUCUGGAGGUCCAUAACUUUCCCACCAUGAACAACGUCAUACUCAUAGCAAACCAUGACCAGCAUUCCAAACCUAAGUCAGGGUGAGAAUUGUGUUGUCCUCCAGGUUUUGCUGGAUUCCCAUUCCCAUCAUCACUAACCACUGGCCAUAUCAGCUAGGGCUGUUGGGAAUUGGAGUCCAACAACAUCUGGAGGGCCACAGAUUCCCAUCCCUGAACUAAGUCAUACUUAAAACAGACUCUUGAAAACAGUGGCACAAACUAGUCAUGACUUAAUGCAUAGUAGAUCCAUUGAAAGUAAUGAAUCUGACACAGGCUGCAUUUAGACAGCACUUUAUUUCAUUUUCCUGGCAUUUCCUUACCUGAUAAUUUGCAUUUUUAAUGUGCUUUUUCACACAGCAUAAAAGGCACCUCUGGAAAACUAGUGGAAAUUUAGCAUUCAUUUUUGUAUUAUUUACUUCCAUGAAAAAAACCAUUUGCAGCCCCAUUAGCCUGGAAAAUCAUCUGAGUGCUGCAGUGUAAUUUCACAUGAUGAAAAAAAAAUUCCAGUAGUAUUCCAGCUAUAAUGGUAUGGGGUUGCUCGUGCGUAAGUUGCCGCCUCUCCUGGCUAUGUUGCCUUGUUAAACCUUUCUGUCUGGACAGCCCUUCAAUUCGUGCCUGCCUCACUCGCUAGCAGAAUCCGUCAGUGGGCGUUUCUUAAACCUUUUCCAACAUAAAAGUUGUUUGACACCCAGUCUCCUCCUACUUUCUCUGCGCGGAAGUCUUCUGUGCAGGGAGGGCGUGGGUAGCGGAGGACCAGUGCUCUCCCCGCUGGUGUCCGGUGAAGAGUCUGGGAGCCCUCUCUCCGAUUCCCCCAUCUGCCCCUCCUUAUUCCUGGUGUUGCACUGAAUUGCUUCCCCAUCUGCUGAGCUGCCUCUCUCCCUGCUGGGCCCUUCUCCAGCAUCAUUAGAGAGCCUCCCCUCCACCUCUAGCUCCAAUGUCAGUUCCCUGACACCAGCAUAGAGUUCUUUCCCACUAUUUAAAAUCUAAUGCAGCAUGAUGGUAUAUCAAUCGAAAAGCCAUGCUUUUGUAAUCCAGCAGGUCUUGCAGUGUAAAAAGAAUGUUAGAAUCCAGGAUAGAAGCACUAGGACUUCAACUAGGAGAACUAAUGCAAUAAUCCACAAGUUGGGUUCAUUAAUUUCUGUGGUUCAUAGUAAAAUUUUGUUGAAUUGAUUUUAGUGGGAACUAAAAGACCCUCUCACCCUCAACUUCAUUGUCAGGUUUAAACAUACCUGACAAGCACCCAGUUUAACCCCAAUGUGUCUUUUCCUUUUGAUAUGCUAUGAAAGCAGUUUCAAUAUCUGAAAACCAUUUUCUUUUCAAACUCCAGGAUGGCCCUUUGGGAAUAUUGCCUGCAAGAUGAACGGAAUGGUCCAGGGAUAUCUGUCUCGGCUUCUGUCUUCACUUUAGUGGCAAUUGCAGUCGACAGGUAUGUCUCUGUAACAGCCUGGAAAUUGAUACAGAACACAUAAAAUGCCAGUCGUACCAAUUGUCCAAUUGUCUUUGUAAGCCUCUUCAGUUAUUGUGCAAUUAUGCCCUUGUGCAGUAGCGUCAGGAAGAAAUCCGGUGGGACAAGACAGCACAAUUAUGCAGUGGUGAGCCUGUUGCUCUGUGAAGGAGCUUUUCAGAACAUGUGGGGGUUUGUGGCCUUCUUUCGACUAGUGUGAGAGACUUCCUCCACAAACCUAUUGUGAUUCAAGCUUUACGGGAAAAGAGGCAGAGAGAGAGAAGAGGUGGGGAUUCCAGGCCUAUCAGAGUUAAUGCACAGUUUAGCAGGACACAGAGUUUAUGACUAAGGAGCCUUAGCAUCAGGAUGCAGCUCAUGAGGUCUUAGGCUCCACCUGUGACAUUUCUACAUCGGAACAUAGGAAGUUGCCUUAUACUGAAUCAGACCAUUGUUCCAUGCUGGUUUGCAUUGGCUCGUUGAGGUUUCAGGCAGAGGACAUUCCCAGGCCUACCUGGAGAUGCUGGGGAUUAAACUGGGACCUUCUGUAUGCGAGCCUGAUGCGCCAUCACAGCUCUUCCUCUAAUCACAUACCAGCUUGGAAAGACAUGUAUCCAAGAACAAGGCUGGGAGGAGGGUGAGAGAGAAAUUGAUAAAUAAAUUAAAUAAACCAGCCAUGGUAGCUUGUCCAAUCAGAGCAGGAAGUUCUGGGCUAGAUGGUCCAAUGGUCUGAGUCUGUGUCUCAUCUUUGAUGUAGUGCUAAACCCAGGCCAACCAAUGUGAUGUCCUUCAGAAGUUGUGAGACUUCAACUCCCACAUUGUUGUUUAGUCGUUUAGUCAUGGCCGACUCUUCGUGACCCCAUGGACCAGAGCACGCCAGGCACUCCUGUCUUCCACUGCCACCCACAGCUUGGUCAAACUCAUGUUAGUAGCUUCAAAAACACUGUCCAACCAUCUCGUCCUCUGUCGUCCCCUCUCCUUCUGCCCUCAAUCUUUCCCAACACCAGGGUCUUUUCCAGGGAGUCUUCUCAUGAGGUCGCCAAAGUAUUGGCGUCUCAGCUUCAGGAUCUGUCCUUCCAGUGAGCACUCAGGGCUGAUUUCCUUAAGAAUGGAUAGGUUUGAUCUUCUUGCAGUCCAUGGGACUCUCAAGACUCUUCUCCAGCAUCAUAAUUCAAAAGCAUCAAUUCUUCUGCGAUCAGCCUUUUUUAUGGUCCAGCUGUCACUUCCAUAUAUCACUACUGGGAAAACCAUGCCUUUAACUAACGGACCUUUGUCGGCAAGGUGAUGUUUCUGCUUUUAAGAUGCUGUCUAGGUUUGUCAUUGCUUUUCUCCCAAGAAGCAGACGUCUUUUAAUUUCGUGAUUGCUGUCGCCAUCUGCAGCGAAGCCAAGAAAGUCAAAUCUCUCACUGCCUCCAUUUCUUCCCCUUCUAUUUGCCAGGAGGUGAUGGGACCAGUGGCCAUGGUCUUAGUUUUUUUGAUGUUGAGCUUCAGGCCAUAUUUUGCGCUCUCCUUUUUUCACCCUCAUUAAGACAUGACAAGGCAGGGAUCCAUGAAGGAGACAACUCUCACAUAGUUUCUGGCAAUUGGCCAUGCUGGCUGAGAUGGAUGGGUGCUGUAGUCCAACAACCUCUAAAGAGUACCAUAUUGGCUACCCAUGCACAAAACCAUGAUUUAGCGCUGUGUUAAGAAGAAGUGUGGCUUCUUCACACCCCUCUCUUCCUCUGGUUUUUAUAUUUGCUGAAAGCAGAGCCUACUCCAAUUUCCCUCACACCAACCUGACUGAAUAAUUUUCAGUACUGGCCACAAUAACCUUUAUUAUUAAUAUUUUCCAGGUUCUGUUAACUUCAUAGCAUCUUCUUGUAUUCUUCUUUUUUCAAAAUAAAAAUCUGCCAUUUUAGUGAUCAUUGUUUUAUGAUCCUAGGCUAAUGGGCCUGGAAACGCUAAUAGACAGAAUACAAAUGCCCCAAAAUAAAUAAAUGGAAAUAACCCAUACGAUAAACCACCCACUCAAGGGCAGAUUCCUAGGACUGGAUUCAACUAAUUGGUCCUGCUAGUGGAAGCUCACUUCCUGCUUUCCCUUCUCUCCUUCCCCGGUACCCUAUUCCCUUCAAUUGGCAGUGGUCAGCAGAACUCACAGAACAGUGGAUGAUGGAAGGAGGAGAGGAGCAAUUGUGCACUGUCAGAACUUUUGUGACAGGGUGGCAUUGAAUUCCUUCCUUGAUGUUUGGGAUUCCACACAAACACAUGCGGGCUGAACCUCACUUUCAACUGAUAGAUCUUCCUUUGGAAAAUAGCUAGAAUGCUUCAACAAAUUCUUCUUCCUGCAGCCUACAAAGUACCCAGUGGAUGAGAUAAUACUGUUCUUACUGGCUGGGUACGGUACAGAGUCUUCAACAGCAUGGAACACUUUGGUAGGUGGAGAGGACCUGUACUGAUCACUGUCCCGCUCCUCCUUUUUGCUGCCUGAAUAAGGGAAGGACUCUAAUUCAUUGCUAAAGCAUCUGUUUUGCAUACAGAAGGUCCUAGAUUCAAUUCCUGGCAUCUCCAGGUAAGGCUGAGAAUGUCCCCUAUUUGUCCGAAAUCCCAGAGAGACACUGUCAAUCAAUGUAGACAGUACCAAACUAGGUGCAUCAAUAUAUGGCAACUUCCUAUUUUCCACCGAGGAGACACGUUGAGAAUAUAAGACAUGCAGAAUUGUCUGUUUAUGGACUUAGAGGUGUUUUUAUCUCUUCCUCGCAGGUUCCGCUCCAUUGUUUACCCUUUCAAGCAGAAGCUCACCAUCUGGACAGCGGUUGUCAUCAUAGUUGUCAUCUGGGUCCUGGCCAUUGCCAUCAUGUGCCCGUCUGCCGUGAUGUUGAAGGUGGAAGAAUCCCGGCAUUUCCGAGUGUUGCUCGGUUAUGGCAACAGAACCAGCCCCAUAUACUGGUGCCGGGAGGACUGGCCGAACCAGGACAUGAGGAAGAUCUAUACAACCGUGCUCUUUGCCAACAUCUACCUGGCCCCUCUGUCCCUCAUUGUCAUCAUGUAUGCUCGGAUUGGGAUCACGCUCUUCAACACCUCGUUGCCUGCCUCUGGGAAGCAGGGCCAGGAGCGCCACUCUGUCUGCAGGAAGAAGCUGAAGGUCAUCAAGAUGCUCAUCAUUGUGGCGUUGCUUUUCAUUCUCUCCUGGCUGCCCUUGUGGACCUUGGCGAUGCUUUCCGACUACGCUGACCUGAACGAGGAACAGCUGCAGGUCAUCAACAUCUACAUCUACCCAUUCGCUCACUGGCUGGCCUUCUUCAACAGUAGCAUCAACCCUAUCAUCUAUGGCUUUUUCAACGAGAACUUCCGGCGAGGCUUCCAGGCAGUUUUCCGGCUUCAGCUCUGCUCUGGGGAUGGGAUGCCCAGGGAAACCUACUCCCAGCGUGGACAGAGCAAUGCCAUUUUGCCAGCAGCUGAUCCGCAGGAGCCGGAGCAUAGCCUUACAUCAGCAAUGAUGGGGAAGUCAACUCAGAAAGGGAACUGGAUGGACAAGACGCAGGUUUUGAUGAUGGAGAACCUUGAACAGGUUUCCAACAACAAUGGUGUUAAGCAGGACCUGCUAUAA